GUGAGCAGACCCCCAGACCCCACACCCACACCGCUUCAUCCACUCACCGCUUGCCCCUCCAUAUGUAAUCCCAAUCCCAAACGCAAACAAACAAACAAGGUCCAACAAUCAAUUUCCAUUUUCCCCCUCGCCCUCGUGCCUCGUUUAAACCAGACCAGACCGCAACAGUACCCUUGCUUCAUUCCCAGUUCAAGUUGGGGCUGGGCUUCAAAAUCCAAUAUGGGCUCUUCUAUGGUGUACAAGACUUUUGGUUGGGCCCGGCCUUCCUUCCCCCUUUUUUACUUUAUGUGGUAAAAACGUGAUGCCAUUUUUUACUUCCCGUUUCUUUCAAACCACCCAGACAAUAUUCAAAAAGUAAUAUUCCGCGGAAUCAAACCCCUUCUUCUCCUCCUCCUCACUAGGGUUUUAUUGCCUGUUCCUGUGCCCCAAAAUUAAUAAAGAAUUCCAGACCAAGUACCGCGGCAUCAAUUAACUUCCACUCCCAAACCACUAACAUGCUGAACAUUCCCGGAGAUCUACAGUGUUUAUUUGACUCCUGGGGAGACACAACACACCAAAACCAAUUCCAUCAUUGAUUUUUAUUCGACCUCAUGGCAGCUAGAGUUGGGGUGGACGGCGGUUCUGCUACGAGGAAGCUUCUCCAUCACCAUCACCAUCACUCACGCCCGCAGCAGCAGCAGCAGCCGCAACUAUCGCAGAUUGGUGCGGUGCCGCAGCUCCUCGCCGGCGGCGUUGCUGGAGCUUUCAGCAAGACCUGUACUGCUCCUCUGGCUCGCCUCACCAUUCUCUUUCAGGGCAUGCAUUCAGAUGUUGCAACGAUGAGUAAACCUAGUAUAUGGCGUGAGGCACUUCGUAUAGUCAAUGAAGAAGGUUUUCGAGCUUUUUGGAAAGGGAAUUUGGUUACCAUAGCUCACCGGCUUCCCUAUUCUUCUGUCAACUUUUAUGCUUAUGAAAAGUACAAGUCUAUUUUAAAAUCAAUGCUGGGCCUUGAUGGAAAUGGAGGGAAUCCACAUGCAGAGAUUAUUGUGCAUUUUGUAGGUGGUGGCUUGGCAGGAAUAACUUCCGCUUCUGCCACGUAUCCAUUGGACCUUGUCAGGACACGACUCGCUGCACAGACAAAUGCAAUAUACUAUCAAGGCAUAAGGCAUGCACUUCAUACCAUCUGCAGAGAUGAAGGCUUUCUUGGUCUGUACAAAGGGCUUGGAGCAACAUUAUUGGGUGUUGGACCCAGUAUAGCAAUAAGCUUUUCAGUUUAUGAGAGUUUGAGAACUUCUUGGCAUUCUCGAAGGCCCGAUGAUUCUGCAGUAUUGGUCAGCCUCAGUUGUGGCAGUCUUUCUGGCAUUGCAUCAUCAACAGCAACUUUCCCUUUGGACCUUGUGAGGCGAAGAAUGCAAUUGGAAGGUGCUGGUGGUCGAGCCCGAGUGUAUAAUGCUGGAUUAUUUGGAACAUUCAGGCAUAUCAUCCGUACGGAAGGUUUCCGAGGCUUGUAUAGAGGGAUUAUGCCAGAAUACUACAAGGUUGUUCCAAGUGUAGGGAUUGUUUUCAUGACAUAUGAAACAUUGAAGAAGCUAAUGUCUCAUGGGCCUUUCAGUUAGCUGCAUGUCCAGUUAUGUCCCUUGAUUUGAUGAACAACUCAUAUUGAAUCAAUUUUGAUUUAAAAUAUAUGCCAGUUUACUAAUAGGUAGGUACUACCGUCCAUGGUUCUGUGGCGGUAAAUUUUCUGAUGCUGCCAAUGACAAUGUUUCAGUGUAUAGGUGAUUUGAUAGUAUAGUCUUCCACAUUAAUGUAUUUCUUCAGUUCAGAGCUAAAGGACGUUGUAUUGAUGAUUGUGUGAUUAGAAAAUUUUGUCAAAUCA